UCACUCCAAGGUUCUUUAAAAAUGAUAAUUGUCAAUUUGUCAUAUUCUUGAUAUUGCAGAUCCAGUUGUGCCAAUAGCAUUGCAAAUUCAUGAAUUCAACGCAUUAACAGUUCUUGAUUUUGAUCUGAUAUUACCCAAACCCAAUUUAGCAACUACAUCUCCAUCUUCAUCAACCUAAGGAACACUUUGGAGUUGUUCAAUGGCUUUUGUUGUCGUAACCUCUCUGCUAGAUAUGGUAGAACAACAGCUUCUGCAACGCAAUCCAUCUCUAAAUUGUUAUGAUAAAGAAAUUAUUGUGUUUUUGUCGCACAAGCUACGCUUUUUGCAAGCUUUUCUUGAGGAAUCUGGGAAGAAAAUCAAUCGCCCACUUGCUAUGGAAGCUGACAUCCGGCGUGUAGCUGCUAAAAUAGAACGACAAAUAAAAUCUGUGCUGCGUCAAGAUUAUCAGGCAGCUAAUAGGGGGGGAAAGUAUGUAUUUUGGGCACUUCCUGAUAUUUCUAUGACCUUGAAACUAGCAGUAAUAGAUAUUGAAGAAAUUGAAUCAAGGAUCUCGAUGAAAAAUGCAAAUAAUUCUUCAUAUGUUGGUUCAUCAACAAAUGAUUUCAAGGAGGAGAGUGCCAUGGUUGGGGGUAGCUUGCAAUAUGCUUCUGAUACUGAGAAUGAAAUCAUUGUAGGAUUCGAGGAAGAUGUAGAAGAGAUAGUGCAUAUGCUCAUUCAGUCAGAGUAGAAUACUAAAAUGAGUGCACAUGUGCAGUUGGCAUUUGCUGUAUUUUAGAGUUGAGUUGCAGAAACAUUUUUAUUAUCUUUGUAA